UUCUCUAUCAUUCUCACUUCCUCUUUUAUUAUUUCUCCCCUUAUAUUCCCUGUGGAGCCCUCAGAAUUUUAUCUUCUUCACCUAUGGAUGGCCAAGAAACUAUCCCACCACCGGCUGUGCCACCGUUAUUGUCACCUCCCACGCCUCCUUUUCUUCCAACCCCAUCCUCCUCACUUCACCCUCCUUUAGAUACUCAAAUGAUCCCCGAUAUUGAUUGGGUUAGCCUCCUCUCCGGUCAAUCUUUUCUGGGUCAUGAUGAUCACAGCAAGCCAAUUAUUGAAGCUCCUUCUUCGAUGACCCCAAACGGAGGCGACCAUCAGACUGAGAAUGGAAACAACAAAGAGAAGAGGAAAGGUUGUCGGUUCAAAAAGACAAUCCGGCCGAGGUUUGCGUUCCAAACCAGGAGUGCUGAUGAUAUUUUGGACGAUGGGUAUCGGUGGAGAAAGUAUGGGCAAAAAGCUGUCAAAAACAGCAACUAUCCAAGGAGUUAUUACCGGUGCACGCAUCCCACAUGCAACGUGAAGAAACAGGUUCAGAGGCUGGCAAAAGACAGCAGCAUCGUGGUGACUACUUACGAAGGAAUUCACAACCAUCCUUGUGAGAAGAUAAUGGAAACCCUAACCCCUCUUCUCAAGCAAAUGCAAUUCCUUUCUAGGUUUAAUAUCAACUUCCAACCCUAAUUCACCUCAUCACUUUAACUAACU